AUCCGUGCACCAGUGUAUUGUUUUUUUUACACACUGUAUUGUCGGUGUCAGCGUUUGCCGAUGUAAAUAGAAGAAAUAGAAACAGAGCGUUCGUUGCAUCCACCUAGAGGACGACAGAGAGCGGAGUGUGCGGGCAGCCAUGGACCGGUGGUGCGGACGCAUCGCGGCGGUGACCGGCGCCGGCUCGGGCAUCGGCCUCGCCAUCGUCAAGGCGCUCUUCCGCUACGGCGUCACCGUCGUCGGUAUGGACGUCAAUCUCUGCAAGUUCAAGGAUUUCGCUGAGAAAUGCGGCUCCUCCAACCUGCAUGCGCUCCAGACGGACGUCACCAAGGAGGACGACGUCGUGAAGAACUUCUGCUGGGUCAACCAGAACAUGGGCAGGCUCGACAUCCUGGUCAACGGAGCCGGCGUUUUCACCGACAGGCCGCUCACAGAGGAGUGCACCGAAAACAUGAAGCGUAUGCUGGACGUGAACGUGUUGGGACUGGCGAUGUGCGCCAGGGAGGGUAUCAAGAUCAUGCGUGAGAAGUGCAUCGACGACGCACACAUCAUUAACAUCUGCAGCAUGGUGGGUCACUGGCCGCCAGCCACGUCAGAGGAGGCUUUCUACACAUCCACCAAGCAUGCUGUCAAGGCGCUCUCUGAAGGUCUGCGCCAGGAGUUCGUGCAGCGUAAGAGCUGCAUGCGGAUCACGCAAGUGAGCCCUGGCGUGGUGUACACGGAUCUCUUCAACCAGCUGCAUCGCUUCAAGCCAGAACGCCUGUAUCAACACCCCCAUCUCAAGCCAGAGGAUAUCGCGAAUGCCGUCAUCUUCGCUCUCGGAGCACCGCCAACAGUGCAGGUUACAGAAAUGAUUGUAUUGCCUGUUGGACAGAAAAUGCUUGGCCAGAUGUGAAUUGUGUCAAAAUGUGAACGUUGGAAGAUAAAAGUUUUUUUUCUUUGAAUGUAUUCUUACUUAAAUAAAACUCUCGUUGAUAACUAC